UCCUUCCCGAAUUCCAAGCCCAUACAUUGCAGGACAGAUGUCUGGAAUGAGCUGGAGAUCAGAUCCUGGUGCACCUGACCUCCUCUGCCACCACUGGGCUCAUUACUAAGCUUCAUGCCGGGCAUGCUGGUAAAUAUGGAAGAGCACCUUCACCUGAAUGGGGUUGCUAACUUUGAAAAUUUGAGUGUAGAUUUUAUGAGCAGUAGCUUGAUGAUGGUCGGGGAUCCCUUGCUGCCCAGAGUCAACCCUACCGAGCGAAGCAUCUUCAGAAUUGUCUUGAAGAUCCUCUUGAUGCUGUUGUUGUGCGAUACAUUUUGGGCCAUACACAAUUCUGAUUUGAUGGAGACAGACGUGAGAAGCAUGGAGGAACAUCUAGCGAAACUUCUGAAAUGCCUGGUUCGCUGCCGCUGCUACUGUGCGAUCAUGAAUCUCUGGAGGGAAGGCCCCAAAUCCUCAGCUUUUCCUGUUGCUGGUGGCUGGGGCCGGGGUCGAAACGCUCUGCAGAGAUGGUGCUUGGUGCUCGGUGCUCGGUGUCGGAGGGCUGGUCAGAGGCUCAAAGUUUUCGAACGACUCAGAGUCGGAUUGUGGUCGGGUGCUUCCAGGAUGCUGCAUCGACAAGUUUGCGGCACUGGAAGCUCAUGGAAGGGAGAGUUUUCUUCCUUCUCCUGUCUGCGUGAGAUGAUGGGACUUUCGAGAGACUUUGAACUUUUUUUACCGUGCCCAUGGCCUGUUCUACAUCAAGUUAUGGUAUUGCUUGCACUGUUGUAACUAUAUGUUAUAAUUAUGUGGCUUUUGUCAGUGUUUUAGUCUUGGUCUGUCUUGUGUUUCUGUGAUAUCAUACCGGAGGAACAUUGUAU